CAAUCUACAUGAAUGAAACAAUUAUUUAGUUACUAUUGUUUUUAUUUUAGAUUUCUGUAGAUUUAAAAAAAGAAAAUGGAAAAUCAAGCUAUGGAUUUAACAAUAGCAGCUGCUAUUGGUGCUUUGGCUGCUAUAUUCUUUGGCGCACUUAUAGCAUUGGUUCUUGUUUGUAAAAAUUCAAGGAAAAAACAAAAUUGGGAGCGCUUGGACUAUAACUCAACAAAUUUAAAAAAAAAUAAAAAACGUAAAGAACCAGAAUUGGCCUUAGCCCUUUGUGAUAUUGGUCUGGGAACUGCGUUGGAACAAAUAAUAAAUAAUCAACAAUGGGUGGAUGAUGUUUCUGGACUUAUCCCUCACUGUUUAUCAAUAUUACGGACAUGUCAUAGCUUAACAGAAAUGUUAGCUAAAUUAGCAAUGACCAAAGGACCAGUUUUAAAAGACUCUGCUAAUCGUUUAAUUGAAGCGGCAAGAAGAAUACCGUCAAGAGUAGAUGAUGUAGUACAAGCAAUGUAUCCUCCUUUAGAUCCUAGGCUUUUAGAAGCAAGAAUGGCAGCUUUAGUUUUAGCAGUGGGGCAACUAGCUUUAUUGACACAAUCCACCGUUGGUGUUAAUAAUAGUUGGAUUGACAAGUCCUUACAAGAAAUGGAUCAACUGUUAACAGUGCUUAGAGAAGCAUGCAGCGAAGAUAUUGAUUUAAAAUAUAGUGAUUAUUCUAGAAAAUUUGCAUUUGUUUAAUAAAUUUAGUUUAUAUUUAUGAUACAUUCAGGCAUAUCUGAAAAAGGUAUGUUACAAUUAUUUAAGUAUUUCAUAUGUUAUAAGUUGCCGAUAAAAGAAUAAAAAUA